AUGUAUAGUAGAAGUAGUUCUAGGAAAGUUUUAGAUGGACCACCAUCCAUUAGCGAUUUUACAAUAGAAGGUGGCACAGAACUGACAAUUGGUAAUACAUAUCCAAUCACUAUCACACUUUCGCCAUCAUCAGAUUUAGCAGAUUGCUUUUAUGCUUUCGACACAGAAACUCAGCAUACAUUCUCAGAUGAUGCUGCCAGUAAAAGCCAGUGCACAGAACUAUUGGGUAUCUCUGAUAAAACAGAGUAUACAGCCAAAUUACAAGCUUCCGGUUCUGCAGGCAGUUUCAAUCUUUUCAUCCAAGUUGUUGAUAGAGAAGGUAGGGAUAACGUUAGAAGUAAAGGAGUCACAUUACUCUUGCCAUUACCUACCUUAUCAAUUUUGGAGCAUCCAAUCUCAUACUUUAAACAUGGAGAUCCUGUUACCUUACCAGUUUCAACAAAUUGGAACCAAAAUGAUAAAGAGCAAUAUUCUCUCAAAUUUGUUAAACAACAACAUCCACCUUCAGAAAUCGACGGAUAUAUAAAUGAAGCCACUUAUGAUCAACAAAAUGAUCAGUAUACUAUUACAGCACCAAAUUCUAUCGAUUCGGAUGACAAAAACCCUAUUUAUAUUGCAUUAAUUAAGACAGGAUCUGACGAAAUUAUUUCACCACAAAAAAUUGAAAACAUUUUCUAUUGUAUUGAACCAAAAAUCUUAAGUUUCAAAGAUUCAAACCAAAAUGAUGAUUAUCAAUACUUUGCGGAGCAAACAGUUUCAUUAGAAUUCGAAGCAAAAAUCUUUGAUGACGAUGCAACAAUUGCUCAACCUCAAUAUCAAAUUGAAGAAGACAAUGCUGUUGAUAUUAUAUUGGAAAAGAAAGGCUCCAAAUACACAUUUACUUAUACUACUAAAGAAAAUAUUCCAAAAGACGAAAAUAUCAAAAUUACACUCACUCUGACAGAUAAAGCCGGCCAAAGUGUUUCUAAGGAAGUUGUAAUACACCUCAGAACAUCCCCUCAUAUUUAUGGUCCUACAUUUAAUUCUGAUAAAUCAGAAUAUUCAACUGGGGAUGUCAUUGUUUUAGUAAUUAAAUUCGAAAACUUCGAUAGUAGAGAAGGUAAGUUUAUGUAUAGAUUCAACAAGGACGAUUUCAAGGAACUUGAUGAUUCGAAAGUUACAACAUUAUCUAAAUUUAGAAAUAUCCUAGCUGAUCCAGUUUCAUAUCAACUCUCAAUUCCAUCUCCUGAAAACAUUCAAGAGGGAGAAAAUACUCUUGAAGUUAAACUCGCACAAGGAAAUGAUCAACCAGAAUCAAAUGUAGUUUCCCAAAAAAUUACAUUUGUUAAAGCGGCUAAUCCAGAACCCGUAGAUCCAACACCAGAAAAACCAAUACCAACACCUUCACCAAAAGGUGGUCUUUCAGGUGGUCAAAUAGCUGGCAUUGUAUUUGGCGUCCUUCUUGGAAUUGUUAUAAUUGUUUUAAUUGUUUACUUUGUGUUUUGCAAGAAAUCUCAAGAAAAAUCCUCCGAAGAACUGGAGGAGUCAGGAUCAGGAGUUGAAGUCUAA